GUAGGUAUUUGUCAAAUGAAUUAAAUUGCAAGGGGAGAGGUCAGGGCUUGGACAUGCAGGUUAGGAAGUUCACAGCACACAGCUGCCCAUUAACACCACAAGAAUGAGUAUGCUGCGGAGGGCUGAGAGGGCGGUGCCAGGAGGGGGGAAUAUAUGCAUUACUGGGAGCUUUCAACACCUGCCACUGUCCAGGCCCCACUCCAGACCAACUAAGCCAGUGUCAGUGCAGAAUUUUCAAAGCUCCCUGGGUGAUUCUAGGAGACAGUCAGGGUGGAGAACCACUGGCAGAGGUGGGAGUGGCCCAGCCGGGCAGGCAAGACAACCCGAGGGUCAAAAUCUGGCUUUCUUCCUCUCUAAGCAGGGAUAAUCAGUGCCUGCCUCACAGGAUUGCAAUGAAGACUUGUGAAUUAACACUUGUAACACUCUGGAACAAAGCCUAGCACAGAAGAGUCCCUGGGGGCUGCCCGUGGUGGCUGAUGGCCCAGCUUCCUUUGCAAAGGAGGUGAUGGCAGAGCUGGCCAGUCAGGAGUUAGGAAAAAAACCAUGGCCUGGAGGGACCCACUCUCUCCACUACCACUACCUGGCCCUGUCAGAGCCAGGCCAGGGCCUCCCCCAGUUUCUGGCUGUAGGCUAUGUGGACGACCAGCCCUUCAUCCGGUAUGACAGUCGCGUGGGCAGGGCCCAGCCCCAGGCCCUGUGGAUGGCGGCCGUGGACGCCCAGUACUGGGAAAGGGAGACCCAGAAGCUGAGGGUCUGGGAGAAGGUGCAGCAGGUGGAGAUGUGGACCGUGAUGGGCUACCACAACCACAGCAGCGGCAAGCACAGUGCUCAGCGUAUGUUCGGCUGUGAGAUCCAGGAGGAUGGCCGCUCCAGCAGUUUCUGGCAAUUUGGCUUCAAUGGGCAGGACCACCUGUCACUGGACCUGGAUACACUGAGCUGGGUGUCAGCCCAUCCUGUGGCCUUACGGACAAAGCGCUGGUGGGAGACAGAGCGCUGCUACGCCGAGUACGACAAGGCCUACCUGCAAGGCCUCUGUCUCACCUCGCUGCGCAGGUACCUGGAGCUGGGAGGCCAGAGUCUGAUCCGCACAGAGCCACCCAAGGUGCAGGUGACAAGGCACACGGGCCAGGAUGGUAGGACCACACUGAGGUGCUGGGCCCUGGGCUUCUACCCACGGGACAUCUCCCUGAGCUGGUGGCUGAGUGGGGAGGAGCUGGCCCUAGAGACUGAGCAUGUGGAGACACGCCCCAGCGGGGAUGGCACCUACCAGAAGUGGGCAGCUGUGCAGGUGCCUGCUGGGGAGGAGGCCUGGUACUCCUGCCACGUGCAGCACCGGGGCCUGAACCAUGCACUCACUGUGACCUGGGAAUCACCCCCUCAUCCAAGAAUUACUGCCACCAUGGUUAUCUUCGCCAUCCUGGUCACCGUUUCCCUAGUGGCUGGAGUUGUGAUCUGGAUCAAGAUGCAGCUUCCAGCCAGGGAUAAGGAAUCUUACCAGCAAGCCCCAGGUGAAGAGGACCUGCAUAAAUCCCAAAGCCCCUCAAGAGCAGUGUCUGCUCAGCAUCUCUGCUGACCGAAGUUCACUGUUAAAAGACCAAGGGGGUGUUUGGGGCGCUGUUUGGAGGCGCCUGGAGGCCACCAAGCUCUCCUCAUCCCAUCAGCCUCAUUUCAAGUGGUCUGGGUCACUGACUUAAGCAUUGUCAUCUUCCUGAAGUCCUUUUAAAAAUCCAGUUGUUUCCUGUUUGGAGGGUGGGGAGGAGGGUGGCAGUAAUCAUUCCUCAGAUACAUUUGACACUUGACAGUUUGCAGAAUGAUUUCAUAUAAGUGUAAAUUGCACUUGAGCCUUACAGACACCGGUGAUGUUAUUCUCAUCCCUGCCUCCCCAACAUAGACACCAAGGCUCAGAGCAGUUAAGGAAGAAUCAGAAUAAUAGGAGUUAUGAGGCACAUCCUACAUCCAUAUGCCAGCAUCUGGAAGAACCGCCUCUUUUUAUAAAUGUGUUCUUGUAUAUAGUAUGAUCCCUUUUUGUAAAGAAAAACAGUGUUGAGGGGUAUGGGGGUGGCGCUGGGGGUAAUGAGUGUAUGUGGAUGUGCGCAGGGGUGUGGGGGAGUGGAGCUGAGUGUCCUUGUUUAUGUGAGAAGAAAUUCAUCUGAAUUUCUUCAGGUACCCCUGGGCAGCUGGAGGAUGAGAAACAACACAGUACAUAUUUUGUACAGGUUUGAAUUUUUACAAUGAGCACGUGUUACUUUUACAAUAAGGAAAAAACCUUU